AUGAGCUUAAAUCAAGAUAAGGUACACACCCCGACAGACUGCGGUCUGGAAGGUGGGGACUCGGAUUUCGGGGCCUCGCCGCUUGAUGAGUUCAUGAGAACUCGGACGGAGCUGAGCGGCCCGUCGACUGAAUGUCAUCCUGGGCGGAACGCUGCCCCCGCUUCGGCAGAGGACACCGUGUCGCCCCCGGUAACCGACGAUGGCUUAGGCCGUCAUACGUAUUGGAAAAGGAAAAGACGAAGGAAAGCGGGGACCACUCGGACCCCGGACGAAUUUGGUAGGAGAGAAGUUCGGACAGCAGAGUACGAAACUAGCCUCGGAGCACAAGCUCGUAAUGAGACAAGCUCUCGCCAAGGAACGGCAGGGUCGGGCGGCAGCACGGCCGAUACCGACUCCUGCAGACUUGAAAUAACCGACGAUGAGCCUCAGACGACAAUUAAAGUAAUACAAAUCAAUGCGAGAAGGUCACAGAGAGUGAUGCAUGAGAUUGAAAAACUAUUGUCGAGUAGAAGCAUAGACGUCUGCCUAAUACAAGAGCCAGCCGCCGACUGCAAAGGGAUCUAUCUGUUCGACAGACGUCCGUACAGGGUAGUAGCGAGCGGUCCCGGUUCUAAAGCCGCCAUCGUAGUCGCGAACCCCGCGGUCGGCAUCCUGAGCUUGCAGCAUCUCAGUACUCCCCAUAUUGCCGUAGCCGUGCUCACUGUUGGAAAUCUCCGCUUAGUGCUGAUAUCAGCGUACUUUCAAUUUUCGGAACCAACACAGACGUGCGUUGACGCGCUCGAGUCCGUACUGGACUCGGUGAGCGGCAACGUAUUAGUCUGCGCGGACGUGAACGCACGGUCUACGCUUUGGCACGACCGUCUCUCGGACGACCGCGGAGAGAUUGUCGUGGACCUCAUAGGUCGGAAAAACCUCCAUGUCAACAACCUAGCGGGCAACGUGCCGACAUUUAGAAAUCGGGGGUCUGCGUGCUUGGACGUGACGCUCACGUCUCACGGCGUGAACGUGGCGGACUGGACCGCAGUCCACGAUUUGACGUCAAGCGAUCACGCGAUCAUAAGCUUCGACGUAACGCAGAACUGUGCGCGCCCGAAUGACAGGACAGAUCCUUUCGUAAAAUACGACUGGAGCAAAACGAAUUGGAAUGAAUUCCGUAAGUCCUUGCAGCUCAGAGUAAGCGCGUGUAUAACGGAUCUGGAAAGUCCGGAUCUCGAGACUAGUUCUGCAGCACUCAUGAAAGUGCUGACAGAAACCUGCGUUGAACGCAUGGGAAUAGUAAGAAUUAAAAAGCGCAAACCACCUCCCUGGUGGAACCAGAGUCUGGAUAGAGAAUUAAGCAAUCUCAGGCGCUGGAGGAUUCGACUGAGGAACGCACGGAACGCAUUCGGCAAGCGUGUAAUCCGGAACUCUUACGAGAAAUUAAAGCAAAGGUUCAAUAUGAAUUGCUUCAAAGCCAGGCGGGAUUCCUGGCGCUCCUUUGUAACCGAUAUCGGAAACAGGGAACCGUGGGGACCCGUUUACACAUGGCUAAAGACCGGUGGCCUACGGCCGUCUCAGAAUCUUCCAGUGUCAAUCCGACGAGAGAACGGCUCUUUCACCGACUCUCUCGAGGAGACUGGGAAAAGACUUAUUGAAAUCCUGGUCCCGGGAGAUACGUCCGACGGUGAGAGCCCCGAACAGACAGCCAUCAGGGCGGUAACGGGUGUAAGAGUCGGGUCCUUCGACCCGGAGACGGGCGAGGACGAACCGCUCAACGCGUGCGAUGUCGAGGAGGUAAAAAGGGCCAUCUGGCGUAUGGAUCCGAAGAAGUCACCGGGAGCCGACGGUAUAACGGCAAAGAUUCUCCGCCAGGCGUGGCCAGUUCUGGCCGAACACAUAACGAACGUGUUCAACGUUUGUCUUCGGUCCAGAAUGUUUCCAAACGCCUGGAAACUGUCCCGACUGGUUGUGAUUCUUAAAUCUCCCGGCAAAGACCGGGCAGAGGCCAAGUCCUACCGACCGAUAAGCCUACUCCCGGUGGUGUCCAAAGCGCUCGAACACGUAAUCAUAGACAGGAUUCGAGCGGACACGGAUCCGAGCAUGUCAAAAAGACAGUUCGGGUUCACUAAAAACCUCUCGACGGUCGACGCGAUGCACCACGCGCUGAAUUGGACGAAAAGCAGGCAAGAAAAAUACGUAUUUGCAGUCUUCUUGGACAUUUCGGGCGCCUUUGACUGUCUAUGGUGGGCCCAGCUAGUUGCGGAUAUGCGUAGUGCUGGCUGUCGCAGCGGGCUGGUUGAGCUGACGAAAAGCUAUCUAGACGGCCGCCGAGCUGUCAUGCAGAUCGGCGACCGAACAGUGGCAAAGACCCUCACCAAAGGGUGCCCGCAGGGGUCGGAGUAUGGACCGGAUCUCUGGAAACUAGCGGUGAACCCACUCCUGUCAGCUGACCCGCCCGCAGGUACGGAGAUAAUUGCGUAUGCGGACGAUCUCGCGCUACUUAUCUCUGGCAAAAAUCGGGCAGAGCUGGAGAGUCGUGGAAACGAACUACUCAGCAGAGCAUCGCUAUGGGCGAUCAAGCGAAAACUCUCCUUCUCCGCGACCAAGUCGCAGACCCUCUGGCUUAAGGGUAAUCUAUCCCGGCCAGACUUGGAUCUCCGACUCGGCACUGUAAUGAUAAAACCGACGGUCGGGGCUAAAUACCUCGGCGUCACGUUCGGCGGUAAAAACUUCAGUGGCCAUCUAACGGAAAAAGCGAAGGCCUCAGCGGCGCUAUUCAGUCGACUGUGCGGCGUCGCAAAAACCAAGUGGGGUCUUAAGAGAGGUUUAGCGGCAAACCUGUAUAAGUCCGUAUUCCUUCCGCAGAUAAGCUAUGCGGCCUCUGUGUGGGCUCAGAAGUGCAUGACUGAUGGGCACCACCGAGGGAGAGCAAACAGCGCCCAAAGAACCCCGCUUAGGGCUAUUACAGGCGCGUAUAAGACCACGUCGACGAUGGCGCUGCAGGUUCUCGCCGGAGUACCCCCUCUCGAACUGGAACUAUUACGAAUAGCCAGAGUCGAGGGGGACAGGAUCGCGGUCAGGAGAGGCGCGAUGACGGCGCAGGAAGCCGAGGUUAGAAAGACGAUGCACAGUAACAAUCUCCUUCACCUCUGGCAGAGCAAGUGGGUCGCGAGCUCCAAGGGGAGGUGGACCGCGCGAUGGUUCCCCGAUGUCGGACGCCGGAUGGACCGUGGGUGGUGCCGAAUGGAUCAUUACACGUCCCAGUUGAUGUCCGGUCACGGGGAUUUCAAAGCAAAACUCCACGGCUUUAACCUUGUUGGCGAUGCAGCUUGCGCAUGCGGUUUCCCCAGCGGAACUGCGGAGCAUCUGCUAAUGAAUUGCCCACUUGUAGACCAGGAAAGAAAUAAACUCAAACUCGCAGUGCGAGCGGCCGGUGCGGACUGGCCGUGUGAGUUAGAGUUCAUGACGAGCUCCGAAGUCAUGUUCCGGGCGGUUAGUGAAUUCGCUAAGAAUACACUGGCGCGCUGA